CACACCUGACUGAUCCGCGGGAGGCGGAGGGUCUCUUCCCAAGCCCCGCCCUGGACUUCCUCCUGGGGAAUGCCUGGAAUUACCUCGACGGCUUCGGCUGGAGCUCCUCCCCUUCUCCCUGAACGCUGCACGUGGGGCUUGGCCGAGAGCCCGGCGAAGAAGGGAAGGUGUGCCUGUCUCUCGCUGCCGGUCUCUCCCGCGGCAGAGCAGCCAGCCGGUCUCUCCGGCCCUGGGAACCCGCUAGCCGAGGAUGGACCGCUAGGAUUUGCAGCCGCCGCCGGGGUGAUGAUGGCUACUCCCCUGCCGGCAGGUUUGCAGAGCCGUGCGGGGAGGGUUGCGGUGGAGCGUCGAGGAGGACUCUCUCCGAAGGGCGAAGAGGGUCGCCGCAUAGGAGAGCUCGCCUUUUCCCCUUGGUUGUCUCCUACGGCUCCACUCGGCUCGGCUCGGCUGCGAGAGGACCGGAGAAAAAAGGGAGAACUUGAUGUACUAGAAAUUCCAUCCAUACCAAAUCCCUUCCCGGAGCUUUGCUGCUCUCAAUUUACAUCUGUUUUGUCAGCCAGUCUGUUGCCUAAGGCAAAUCCCAGGAUAAAACAGGUAAUUAAAAUAUAUAGUGAGGAUGAAACUAGCAGAUCUUUAGAAGUACCAAGUGAUAUAACAGCCAGAGAUUUGUGCCAGUUGCUAAUACUAAAGAACCAUUAUGUUGAUGAUCACAGCUGGACUAUGUUUGAACAUCUCGCUUGCUUAGGCUUAGAGAGAAUAAUUGAAGACCACGAAAGGAUGACUGAGAUCCAGUCAAAAUGGGGAAUUGAAGAAGGCAAUAGAUUUUAUUUUAGAAAAAAUUAUGCCAAAUAUGAAUUUUUCAAAAACCCAGAGAAUUUUUUCCCAGAAUAUCUGAUAUCCUUCUCAAAUGAGAUCAGUGGAGCAAUGAGCCAUACACAAAUACUGCAGAUGUUUUUAAGUUCCAGUACAUAUCCUGAGAUUCACAGUUAUUUACAUGCAAAAGAGCAAGGGAAAAAAACCUGGAAAAAGAUGUACUUUUUGCUGCGAAGAUCUGGUCUGUAUUUUUCCACUAAGGGGACAUCAAAGAUACUGCUGGGCCAAAUGGACCUCAGAAUUCCCAGAUACUCAAAGAUGUUGGACCAGGGGUCGCCAAACUGUCAACCAUGGGCACCAUGGCACCUGCGAAGGCCUUCAGUGGUGCACCCAGAGCCAAGGCACCUGCAGCUUUUCAGUGAAUUCAGCAGUAGUGACAUAUAUAUGUCUUUGACAGGCAAAAAGGUGUCUGGAGUACCAGCCAGCUAUGGGUUCUGCUUUAAGCAUCACAAAGCAGGAGGAGCCAGAGACCUGAAACAACUUUAUGCAGACAGUGAACAAAGUAGGACCUGUUGGGUGACAGCAAUUCGGUUGCUCAAGUAUGGGAUGCAGCUUUACCAGAAUUACAUGCAGCCCUAUCAAGGUAGAAGUGGGUGCAUUUCUCUGAGUACACCUGUGAGAAGCGUUUCAGAGAAUUCUCUGGUAGCCAUGGACUUCACAGGACAUAAAUCCAGAGUGAUUGAAAACCCCACAGAAGCCCUGUCAGUUGCAGUUGAAGAAGGUUUAGCAUGGCGGAAAAAAGGGUGCUUAAGACUUGGCGUGCACAGUAGUCCCACUACUUUGCAAAAUGUGUCAUCAAAUAUAGCCAUCCACAGUGCACAGCUAUGGUUUCACCAUAAGAUCUCUAGAGAGGAGGCACAUCAACUCAUAUUGCGGCAAGGACUGGUGGAUGGUGUUUUCUUGGUACGGGAUAGCCAAAGUAACCCCAGAACCUUCGUGCUGUCACUGAGCCAUGGACUGAAAAUAAAGCACUUCCAGAUUGUACCAUUGGAAGAGGAAGGCAAACUGUUUUAUACGUUGGAUGAUGGUCACACCAGAUUUUCCGAUCUCAUCCAGCUAGUGGAGUUCUACCAGCUCAAUAAAGGCAUCCUACCUUGCAAGUUAAAACAUUAUUGUGCCCGAAUUGCACUUUAGCCAAGAUGCUAACAUUUCACCGAAGCCUCGAAGGAAAGAAAGGCUGAAUGUUUGCUUCUUUUUGUAAAUGAAGAGAGUGAAACAAUGUAAAUUUCAGCUUGUAAAGAUGACUUUGUAUUCACCAUAGCAAAACAAAAUCCAGUACUUUUGUGUUAGAGUUGUCUAAGAGUUGAUCUUCCAGAAAUGAAUCUCAAGCUGAAAUUGUUUAAUACUGCAAUGCUGCAGUCCUAGGGAGUAUUUUUCAAAUGUCAAUAAAUGUCUUUUUCACUAGUUUCCUUUAUACCUUUCGAGGUGUGUCAUUUUAAGUCAAAUUCUUCUCACACAAU